AUGACGCGCCUGAGCAGCCGGGCGUGGGGAGCGAGCACCUGCCUGCUGCCGAGGAUGCGCCUGCCGGCAAUGGUGAGCCCGCGGCGAGCGCCGGGCCGCUGGUCCCGGUGUGGGCCUCAGCCUGGGCCUUGGGGCCGCGCCGGGCGCUGUGGGGAGGCGGGAUGCUCCCACGCGCCGAACCGUCAGAGGGGAUAUCCCCGCUCGCUGCUACGGCGGGUGGAGGAACCACCGGCGUCGCCUAGGACGAGGGCCAAGACGCCUCUGCUACAGCUGGUCGUCGUCCCGCGCACUCCGGCCCUGCAGGCGGUGGAGGACGAGCUGUCGCUUGCGCUGGUGGCCCUGGUCCUCGGCACAAGGCCGGCGGUGACUCCGGCCGCCAUGCUCCAUUACCUCCACGAGCACUACGGCAUUACUGAAGAGCGCGUGACCGUUCGGCGAACCAGGCCUGACGACUUCCUGGUGCGCUUCAGUCGCCAGGCGGACCUUGAGCUCGUCCUGGACAACCAGAGGCCGGAGGGUGCACCAUUCGCACUAUGUUGGCGUCGGUGGACCCGCUUGAUCAUGGGCUCGGCCGGGCCGUUCCGCUAUCGCGUCCUUGUCGGCAUGAAAGGAAUCUCGUCGCACGCGCUCUCGUCUGAGGUUGCGCAGAACAUCAUUGGUUCGGCGGGUGCGAAGGUGGAGAUCGCGAACCCGGAGGCCCUGGCGGAUCCGGACGAUGAGCGCGAGUUGUUCGUGGCAUGCUGGUGCGCCCACCCCGACCGGGUCCCAGACGAGAUCAUCAUGGCGGUGCCGGAGCCGGAGGAGGAGCACGACGGCGAGCCUCCGCUCUCCCUCAGGCCGGACGAGAUCAUCCACGACGAAGUUCCAGCGCUAAGGUAUCUGGUCCGUGUAAGAGAUGUAAGAGUGGGAAAUUGGGGAGAAUGCUCAAGUUCCAUUCAUCACCGUAUGCUGUUACAUAUAGAGGUGCCGAAGCACUGGAGGCCGAUCCAGAGAUCGUGGUCAUCCCUCACGCCUACAUGCUAG